CCAAAGGGGAAGUGGCCGACUAAAAUGAAGCCCACUCCAAGGUGCCAUGAUAACGUUUCAUUCUGUUGCUUUUCACGGCCAUUGCCUCUCGCAGCAGCAGAGCAGGGACCUGGAGCCCUGGUACCUGCAGCGUCGCCGGCGAUCCAGGCACAGCAACGACAGCAUCUCCCGCGGCCACUGAGGCACCCGUUCUGCCUUCUCGACCUCAGCUCUCUGAUCGACCCUCGCGCACGUGGGAUUGUCUGCUCACAAUGGGCAAAUCCUACGACAAUCCGGCUGGAAUCCGAAAUACGCUCCCCCUGCCCUAAAGAUCUAAGCGCCUUGGUCCUUCAGGGGAUGCAACCACUUGCAAACGAGGACGGGCCAUUCUCCGUACGCCUGGCGCUCGUGAUUCGUGGCUUUACGCCGCUGAUGGAGACGUCUAUGCCAUGAAUCCUUCGACGUUUUCACUGGUGGGGCCUACACGCGGGAUCCAAGUAGGCGAGACGAGCCUCAUACCAUUCCUGUCGCACUGUUCACCCUCGACCCUGGGGGCAAGAACCUUAUUUUCAUCGUGAAUUUGGCCAUGUUUAUGCGAUGACGAUGGC